UAAACACGCCACACGGCUCCUUUAAGAAAAGCCUCGAGCAGGAAUGAUGAACCCUCCUCCUCCUCUUCAUCCCCCACCUCCUCCUCCUCCUCCUCCUCCUUCUCCUCCUCUUGAGCUCUUCCACUCGUCUUUGCAUAAGUAAAUCAAGCCGCGGGAGAGCGGGCAGCCAGCAGCCACCGAAGCCAGGAAGAGACGCUUCAUUCCCGGCCGUGAGUGGGAGCUCCGAGCCGGUGUUAGAUUCAGCGGACCAAAACCAGUGAAGGAACCCCGCCGACGAGCAAGCAACGCCGGACACACGGGGGGAGCCCAAUACGAGCCAUGAGAACCACCGGGUGUCUUUUAAGGCUUUGAAUUUAUUUUGUUUUUUGGGGGGGGUUGGGGGGGGGGGACUCGGAGCGAGAAGGAGAUCCGAGGAUCGUCUCUCCUCGGCCGGCUUCAACUUGGCCGGCACGGUGGUGACUGGCUGGAGGGGAGAAGACCCCCCAAAACCACAAUCCCAAAGGAUUUUUUUAUUUUACAUUAUUUUUAUGUUUGCUUUUUUAAAUGUAACCCCACCUCCCUUCAAUUUUUGUUUGGAUUUGCUCAUUUGCCGUGCAAGGCUGGCUUCCGAGUGGAUUUAAGUGGGGGCUGGAAUCACGAACGGCGGGCAGCGAGGAGGCUUAUGGCUCAAAGGUACGAAGACUUGCCCCACUACGGGAUGGACGCGGUGGGCAUCCCGACCACCAUGUACGGAGAUCCGCACGGCGCGCGCUCCAUGCAGGCCGUGCACCUCAACCACGGGCCCCAGCUGCACUCGCACCAGUACCCGCACACGGCGCACACCAACACCAUGCCCCCCAGCAUGGGUUCGUCGGUGAAUGACGCGCUCAAGAGGGACAAGGACGCCAUUUACGGACACCCCUUGUUCCCUCUGCUUGCACUGAUUUUCGAGAAAUGUGAAUUAGCGACGUGCACCCCCAGAGAGCCCGGCGUGGCGGGAGGGGAUGUGUGCUCGUCCGAGUCCUUCAACGAGGACAUCGCCGUGUUUGCCAAACAGAUUCGUGCAGAAAAACCUUUAUUUUCAUCAAAUCCAGAAUUGGAUAAUCUGAUGAUUCAAGCCAUUCAAGUGUUACGGUUUCACCUGCUGGAGCUGGAAAAGGUGCACGAGCUGUGCGACAACUUCUGCCACCGCUACAUCAGCUGCUUAAAGGGCAAGAUGCCCAUCGACCUCGUCAUAGACGACCGCGAGGGGGGCUCCAAGUCGGACAGCGAAGAGAUCACCCGUUCCUCCGUGGCCCUCGACCAGACGUCCUGGAACCGAGACCACGACGACACGGCGUCCACGCGCUCCGGAGGCACGCCGGGCCCGUCCAGCGGCGGCCACACGUCCCACAGCGGUGACAACAGCAGCGAGCAAGGUGACGGCCUGGACAACAGUGUAGCCUCGCCGAGCACGGGCGACGACGACGACCCGGAUAAGGAGAAGAAGCGCAACAAAAAGAGGGGCAUCUUCCCCAAGGUGGCCACCAAUAUCAUGCGGGCGUGGCUCUUCCAGCACCUAACGCACCCGUACCCGUCAGAGGAACAGAAGAAGCAGCUGGCACAAGACACGGGCCUCACCAUCCUACAAGUCAACAACUGGUUCAUCAACGCCAGGAGGAGAAUAGUGCAACCCAUGAUCGACCAGUCGAACCGCGCAGUAAGUCAAGGAGCUCCGUAUAAUCCAGAUGGCCAGCCGAUGGGGGGCUUCGUCAUGGACGGCCAGCAGCACAUGGGAAUCAGACCACCUGGACCAAUGGGCGGCAUGGGUAUGAACAUGGGCAUGGAAGGUCAGUGGCACUACAUGUAGCCCCGCCCCCACGCCGGGGACGACCAAUCGCAACAGCGAGGCGAACGACCGCAGGGCACAGCAGGAGGUCCCCUGCCACACGGGGGCAUCCGAACGGAUUUACGGGGGAUGCCCUCCGUCCCGACCGCAACGCCGCCCAUCUUCCUUCCUGCGCACUUCCGACACCCCUUCCACUUGUUUAUUAUCACCCGGCCCACCUUCGAGGUUCCAAAAGGUGCCCGCCCCCUCCCGGCCAUCCCCUUUCCCAUCUCCCCAAAGUCCAAAAAGAUCACCUUGACCACCCGCCCCAUUUUGUGGGCGCCGCCCUUCGAUCACACUUCCAAGGCUCUAUUGAAACUUCCUGUGGCGUUCCUCGAAAAAAAAAAAAAACUAUUUGAUGGACGAGCAAGACGACGGCGGCGGGAUAACAGCACGAGGACAAGCCAAUGUCUCUAAAGCUGACAGGGCACUUAAGAAACCCC